AUGUCUCAGGGGACCUUCGAACUCUUCCCAGCUCCCUCCAACACUUCGGUGAAGUCUCUUCUUCCGACUCCCCGUAUCUGGCCUGGUGCAUCCCCAGCAGCCAUACACAGACUCCGUUGGAUUUUAGAGGACAAUCAUAUCCAGCAUCAAAUUUUCACGAACAGCUUGCGUUUCCACAACCACACCGCUCACGCUGCACUUGCUCGGUGGUCUCUUGGUGCCGACGAAACAAUUCUGGAUGCAUCCUAUCAAAGGACGGCUUCGAUUACCCUUCCUUUGUCUCGCUCACCGCAGACGAUCUCAAGAGACAAUUGGAAAGAUUAUUUGGCGGAUACCCAAUAUUACCACGCAUACCUUACGUUUUUCAUUGAAGAGCUAAAGCAAAAAGGCGUCUCCGAGGUUCUAGAGGAAUAUCUAUUCGCCUCGAGCUCCAACUUCGUGCCCCUUAGAGGCAAACAACCGCAAAUGCUAAACAGGUUUCUUGAUGGUCUCAUGCAUCCGAUGAUUCACGUGGGGCAUGGGUUAGAAUUCGGAUUGCCGGGAACAGUCGCCGAAGGACUUGCUAUGGCCGCCGGACACUAUGCGCUAUCUACUCAGUUGAUCCCUGAAUCACUGUUCAGUCACAGUGCUGAAGAGCUUGAAACAGAUGUCCUAGCCCAGGCGCACCCUUCGGCGAACAAAGUUGAUGCUUUUACCGUAUUUGCGCGUAUAAUUGCGGAUGGGCGAUUUGAAACGCCGUUAGAUGUUGAACCACCAAGACUGUAUGCAAGCCUGAUGAAGCGACAUGGGACUCUUGUCAAGGAGUAUGUUGACCAGUGGAACCUCCAGGGCAAUGUUGUAGAUAAGAUUGAGGAAUUGAUGUGGAUCACCGUCACUAUAUAUGGCGUUGGAGGCUACACAAGCGACACGGGCUUCAUUCCCGACUUUUUCUUCAUGCACUUCGUCACAUCCGCCAUCUUUUUGCCUUCGAUUCUGGCUCAUUUAACGCCGCAAUCUCAAUUGCUCCUCCUUCGGUCAUACUUCUCCGUCUGCAUUGGCUGGUAUGUAUGGCGUCGCAGGCCAGCCAUCAACAUCCGUCAUUUUUACAAAAGCACUGAAGCCGCCAGCGGUUCUUCCGACUCUCCACAAGCCAACACAUACAAUUUGUGGUCGCCGAUAUUGGGUGCAUCAAUGACACAUUCUGAUGAUCAUCUACCCAAGCUCCAGCGCACUCUGAACCACUGCUCAGAACUCUUUGGUGACAGAAAAGCAGGAUACUUUUCGAACUCUGAGUUGAAGGGCGCAGAGCUCCUCGAUGGGUCGCUAUUUUUGAGGGUAGCGGAGUUGACUGCAACACGGAUGGAAUCACUAACGGAAAACGAGCCACCCUGGAACAGGUCUUGGAAGUUGUAA